AUGAGCGUGGAACUGCUCGACGGCGCCACCAUCCGCGACUUCGUGGAGGACGAGAGCUCCUUCAACGGCUCCGUCGAGGGCUACUUCGCCUCCCUCGACACCGACAGCGACGGCCUGCUCAGCUACGACGAGAUGGCCCGGGAGCUCGAGAACCUCCGGGCCCACUUCGGGGACGGUGUCGACGAGGUGACGCCGGCCCCGGAGGAGCUCCGGCGACUGUACGGGUCCCUCUUCGCGCAGUUCGACCACGACGGCGACGGCACGGUGGAUCUGGAGGAGUUCCGGUCGGAGACAAAGGAGAUGUUGCUGGCCGUGGCCAACGGGCUGGGUUCCGUGCCGGUGCAGAUGGUGCUGGAGGAGGGGAGCCUCCUCAAGAUGGCCGUCGACAGGGAGUCCGCCAAGAUCGCAUCCUCGUAA